GACAGAGAGAAGGUCUCCCUGGUGAGGAAUCUCAUUCUGGGGGCUGCCUUGCUUGAGAACCCCAGUGAUGAACGGCCUUCUCCCACUGGCUUGGUUCCUCAUUUGUAAUGUUCCUGCUGUGCCCGGGGGCUUGUUGGAGCUCAAGUCCAUGAUUGAGGAGGUGACCAAGAAGGACGCCCUGAUGAGCUAUGGCUUCUACGGCUGCUACUGCGGCUUGGGCGGUCAGGGGACCCCCAAGGACGGCACCGAUUGGUGCUGUUGGGCGCAUGAUCACUGUUAUGGGCGGCUGGAGGAGAAAGGCUGCCAAAUCUGGACACAGCCAUAUACAUACAGAUUUGCACGGGGACUGGUCACCUGCGGGUCUGGGUCCUUCUGCCAACAGCAGCUCUGCACCUGUGACCAGAAGCUUGCCCACUGUCUAAAGAGGAACCUGAGGAGCUACAACACUUGCUACUUAUACUUUCCCCAAGUCUUCUGCUGACCGAGGCUUUUUUCCCCUUCUCCUAUAUCACGGAGCUCACUCAUGCUGCUGGGCUCUUUGCUGCUGGGCUCUUGAGAGAGGCUCCUGAUCUCGGCCCUCCUUCUCUCUCCAUGGCCCACGGGGCUCGGAGGAGCCCCACGGCCACUCUUCAUGCUGCACAGAGUCCCAGGAGAGGGACUCUGCUGGUAGGACAUGGUAAGGUCAGGGUCCCUGACCUCCGCUUGGGAGCUCGCCCCUAGCUCCGGGCCGGCUAUCUCCCCCUUACCCUGAAGACAGCACCACCCCCCAAUCCAGGAAGAUGCAUUUACUUUUCAGUUUCUGCAAUCUUGGAUUCUCACCACCACCCUCUAGA